AAAAAUAUUAUCAAUUGUAGAUCCAAGAGCUCGAACAUUUAAAUGAUAAAGUGAUGUUCAGAAAAACGAUUUUGAAGAUGUGAUUUGUAAAUUUACAACCAGUUGUGAAAAUCAAUUAUUGUAGAUUAAAGCGAGUCAUUGUGAAUAAUCAUAUACAUAUUUAAAAUUUAUUUAGUGUGAACUAUCGCAUUAGUGGUUCCGAAUUAUGUAAUAGAAAAAUGAAAUCGAUUCCUUUUAGACUUUCAAUUUCAAUGAUCCAUAAUUAAUCUAAAGUUGAUUAUGUGUAAAUUUUCGAAAUAAAUAAACAUUGUAAGUUAUGACACGUGGGUCUCAGUGAAUUAAAAUCGAUAAAGACGUAAGCGUGCGCCAGUCUAUAAGCGAGACGAUUCUACGUCAAGGUCAUUAUAUACAAACACGUGCAAUGUCGGAUUCUAUUUACACUUUUGACUUUCUUUUAGAACCGAGUUUAGAGAUAAAACAAGAGUCAAACUUCGAGUUGGGCGCGAUGUCAGCAUCGGUGCCAAUACCACAGAGGCGCACAGAACUUGCGGAUUUUAAUACUGACUUAGAUUUGUGUCUCCAAGACAAUCAGAUUGGAUCAUUCCACAGUGUUCCUACAUUACCCUACAACAAAUUUAAUUUCGAAGCUGAUUCAUCAAGAAUGGAGCCCUUCAAAAUGGAGGAUGAUGAUAUAUUCCAAGUAGACAAAGCUGAUUUAGUGUUAGGUCCAACUUUGGCAGAGUUAAAUGCAAACCCAGAUACAUCUUUGGAUGAUCUUAAUUUCGAUGAUCUGCUCUUGCCAGAGGAGAGUCGGUACUGUUUACAGAUAGGUGGAGCCAUGAGUGGUUCAAAGAACUCUCCAAAUGUUCCAAACAACACAUUGACUUCCGAGAGCCCCUGUAGCCCUUAUGGCAGAGCUCAGUUGGCUUUCUCGCCAUCUAGUCAGCAUAGUUCAGCAUCUUCUAGCUUUGUUCCACCAAUGAAUCAGUUACCGGAACUGCUCCUAAGAAUGGAUGGUUAUAGUGGCGAAAUUGCUCUUGGACAAUCUGUCCCAGCUUCAUCUGUUCUGCCACCGUUCCCACCUAGUGUUAAAACCAAAGCACAAUUAUCCUCAUCGGCUCCCACACAUUUAACUAUGGACCAGAUAUGGCAACGUCGGGAGCCAAGAAAACAUCUACUAUCCACCAGUUCUCUUGCUGAAGCGGGAUCUGUAUCUUCCUUGUCCGGGGGACUUCUUAGUCCAGGAACUGGAGAUUUUUCUCAAGACGAAGAUGACAGAGAUAUAGAAUCUGACGAAGACAGCGAUAGAUAUGAGGAUCUAUCAUCUGACGAAUCAAAUGAUGAAUGCCCCGAGCGUAAGGAAGCUCGUCAGGCCAAAAAAGAAAAAUACUUCUGGCAGUACAAUGUACAGGCUAAAGGUCCAAAAGGUCAAAGAUUAAUACUAAAGAAAAAAUCAGAAGAUCCACAUGUACUAAAUCUAGUUACAGACCCUGUAUUUAGCCCCAACUGCAAUGUGAAAGGCAUAAAACACAGUGGGAAGGCAAGAAAAGGUGACGGUAAUGAUUUAACACCGAAUCCCAGAAAACUUUAUCUCAUCGGUUUGGAACUAGAUAAAUUAGGAAAAAUUAUCAAUGAUAUGAUACCGGUCAGCGAAUUACCAUUUAAUGUACGACCGAAAAAGAAAGAGAAAAAUAAACUGGCAUCGAGAGCUUGCAGGUUAAAGAAAAAAGCUCAGCACGAGGCAAAUAAAUUAAAACUAUAUGGAUUACAGCACGAACAUAGACGACUCCUUAAUGGAAUAAAUCAAGUGAAACAAAUACUUUGCAAUAGGGUAACAAAUCCAGAUAACAAUGUAGACUGGUCUUCACAUGUACAGACUUUAGUUAAUACAGCCACCGAGGUAAAAAUAGCUGGCAAAACAUCAGAGUUUGUUAACAAAAUAGUGAACAAUGUGAAGUCUGGACAAAAUAAUGGCGGUUUGAACGAAAUAUGAAGGUAAAAACCAGAUUUACGAAUAUUAUAACGAAAGGCUGUUUCAAGUACCUCCAAAGUUGUUUAGAAAAGAGAAAACUAUUAUCACUCAUAUAAACUUUAAUUGUCCAAGACAAUUUUAUUUUUUAUAGGAUUCAAAAAUAAAUAUAGCUUGUAUGAAUAUUACAAGGCAACUAAAAAAAUAAUGAAGUAAUUCUCAAUUAUAACAAUUUAGAAUGUCUUGUCCUGUGUAUGUAUCAUUAAUUACAUGUUUAUUGAUAGAAAUAAUAUAGAUUAAGUUAAAAUGUUAGCCAAACACUAGUUCUUACUUAAUUAAGGACUUUAGAUUCUCAUUAAAUCAUCUUAACUGUUACAUGGAUAAAAUCCUAAGAUUAUUGUUUUAUGAAUAUUAUAUAGGUUGUUGAUAAUUUUAAUUACAUCUAUUUAUGAAACUGCUUUUUUUGUAUAUAUUUUAUGAAUAUAUUAAAAAUGUUAGUUGUAAUACAUAUAUUUUAAAAAAGAAAUGUAUUGUAUGUCGUCUUCAUUUGUGAAUAUUGUUUAAAUUUAGAACAUAUCAUUUGUCUACUCAUUUAAUUGAAUAUCAAAAUUUUAUGUACAAAUUGAAAGUUUUUUUUUUAAUACAUUUCAGUAUAGUUGGCCUUUACCGGAUACAUCAAUGCAUUAAACUAUCUAUAAAAUUAUAAAUAAAGUAAUAGCUUCUAUUUUGCUUCAGUAUUUUCAGAUAAAUAAUUCUAUCCAUUGAUUCAUAAAAUUUGUAUCUUUAAUUACAGUGACCAAUAAUUUUAUCAUUUAUUAAUUACUAUCAUAUCACUGAGUAUUAUAAAGAGGGAAUUAUUACCUCUUGUCUAUUUUUAUAUGUUCAUUCAAUUAUCAUUAGAACAUAGUGAUAUCUAUUAAUAUACAAUAUAAGCGUAUAUAAUACUUAUAUAUAAGCUAACAUAUUAAGUACAUAUUUACCUAUAGCUAUUCUUUUUACAUGUGUAUGAUAUGAAAGCAUAUAUUUUUUUUAUACUCUUCUUACAUUUUGUAUUGAGGUCACAGAAUUUUAAAUGUCACAGUUGUGAAUGAAACUCACUAUUUUUAUAUUAUAUUAUAGGGAUUUUAAAAUGUCUAUGUAUUUAAAAUUAAUCCAAUAUUUUUAAAGAAACUUGUAGCAAUUAUAAGUGUAUAGUGUAUUACAGCAUAGAAAGUCAUCUAAAAAUAUACAUUUCUUCCAAAGUCACAGUUACAUGUAUUUUAUAUAUUCGAUGUUAGAUAUACUAUUUUUAUAAACUAUCAAAAUCAUAGUACAAAAAAAUAUAUACAUAUAUCAUCGUUAAAUUAGUUACAUCAAAGAACAGUUAUCUUAAAGUACAACACAUUAUAUAUAAAAAUAAACAUAUAUUGGAAAAGGUUUGGUAAAAAUAAUAUUAGAAAUAAGUAUAUUAUAUACCAAUAUACAUGUAUAUGAAAUAAAAUGUAACAUCUUAAAUGUCUUUAUAUUGUUAGUUCGGUGUCUUUUUUUUUUAUAACUUGCCACAUAUUCUGCUGCCGAGUUAUUGUUUAUAAGUUGAAAAAAUAAAAAACUUUUUAAAGCAGUUAUCAGUUAUUUAUAUUAUUUUUUUGUACAUAACACACUUAUUAUAUAAAUGGAUAAUGUUAUUGUGUUAUGUACCAAUGCUAUAUAAAUGGAACUAAACUUGUCUGCGAUCCAUAGGCUGUGCUUAUCUAUAUACAAUCUUUAAGUUUAUUAUGUUAUAUCUUUAUUAAUGAAUUAUUGUAUAUAAAACUUAUUUUGUGUUACAUGUGACAAUUUUAUUGAAAUAAUCAGAUUGUUUUAAAAUUAAAACCAAUAAAGUGUAAUACAAAAACA